AUGGACGGUAAAGGAAAGAUAAAUACGUUUAGGGCUAGGGCGUCGCCGCAUAACGACGCGCAUGGGGAUCGCCUUAACCCUGCGACAAGUAUGCGAGGGCUACCGGGCCCCGUGCGAGCCCGGCUAAAGACGUUAGCACCAACUACGAAGAUUCGCUUUGCAAACUGGAACAUUGGCACGCUUACGGGACGCUCCGCAGAACUUGCGGCCAUACUUGCCAGGCGUAAAGUGGCAGUGGCAUUCCUGCAGGAGACACGGUGGAAGGCCAACAGGAGCCGGAAUAUUGGGCACGGCUACAAGCUGAUCUAUACAGGCUCCUCUGGUGGAGAGAACGGUGUGGCAGUGGUGCUCGCCGAGCGUUUCCACGAUAGCGUCUUGGAAGUUAGACGCAUAUGCGACCGACUUAUGGUAGUAAGGUUGCUUAUUGAGGGGGUCGUGACCCACUUAAUAAGUGCCUACGCCCCACAGGUCGGCUGCAGCGACGCGGAUAAAACGCUGUUUUGGGAUCGUCUCGGAGAUGUACUACGCGGCAUACCGUUGUACCACGAUGUCGUUUUGGGUGGCGACCUGAACGGUCAUGUGGGCGAGGUGCAGGGGGAGUAUGAACGUGUCCACGGCGGCUAUGGUUACGGCAGAAGAAACGCAGAGGGGGAAACCAUUCUCAGAACCUGCACUGCAGCUGACCUGGCCGUGGUGAACACGUUCUUCAAAAAGAAAACCGAGCACCUGAUUACCUACAGGAGCGGUCGGAACGCCACUCAAAUCGACUAUCUACUGACCAGGAGAAGUCAUAUCGGUCGCGUGGCCAACUGUAAGGUCAUACCCGGUGAGUGUCUCACUGCCCAACACCGACUUCUUGUCAUGGACCUCUGCGUAAAACCCCGUCGCAGACACGCCGAACGUUGCCGCCGUCAAAUCAAGUGGUGGCUGCUGGAUCAAACCAGAUACUCAGAGUUUGACUCUGCCGCUGGGGAUAUUAGUCUCGACACAGCAGGCAAGUCCGUCCAAGAGUGCUGGAAAACCAUUCAGACAGCAAUCACAAAGACGGCAAAGCAAGUUCUCGGCGUGGCGAAAGGGGGCCGCAAAAUCGACAAGGAGACCUGGUGGUGGGAUGCCACAGUCCAGGGUUCAUUACGGGAAAAGAAAGCGCUCUUCAAGACGUGGCAAGUGACCAAAUCUCCUGAAGAUCGCGCAUCUUACAAGACAGCGAAAAGAGCUGCCAAGAAAGCUGUAGCCAGAGCCAGGCGUGACCACUUGCAACCAUUAUAUGCUAAGUUGGACACUCCUGAGGGGCACAAGCUCAUAUAUAAACUGGCGCGCUCUAGGGCCAAAGCAGCGCAAGAUAUUACUCGCUGCUGCAGCGUCAACGACCCUAAUGGCGAGCUCCUGUACGAUGAUCGUGCGGUGAAGGAGAGAUGGCGCUCUUAUUUCCACGUUUUGCUGAAUACUCAGCACCGGGAAGUGCACCCUCCCGAACAACUCCCGAACCUUGGACUCGUGCCACCAAUUACACCUGACGAGGUCCUCGCAUCUCUUCGUCACAUGGAGAAUCGGAAAGCUGUCGGACCGGACGAGGUGCCAAUUGAAGCGUGGAAAGCGCUGGGGGCUCGUGGUGUGUGCAUUCUUACUAACCUUUAUAAUAGAAUCCUGAGCGACCGAAUAAUGCCCGAUCAGUGGCGGCUUAGUAUAAUAACGCCGGUCCACAAGGGUAAAGGGUCCGUUCAGGAUUGCGGUAAUUACCGCGGUAUAAAGGUGAUGUCACACACCAUGAAGCUCUUCGAGCGCAUUAUUGACGCCAGGAUCCGACAGGAGUGUACAGUGUCGGACUUCCAGUACGGUUUCCAACCAGGACGCGGUACCAUGGACCCUAUAUUCGCCCUAAGGAUCCUCAUGGAGAAGCACAGGGAAAAGAAUAUGCCUCUGCAUUUUUUAUUCCUAGACCUGCAGAAGGCCUUUGACUGUGUUCCUAGGGAGAUGAUCUGGUGGGCGUUGCGGUCGAAGUUGGUACCAGAGACCUACGUGGAAAUCGUACGUGACAUGUACCGCAACUCCGAUUCAAUAGUCAGGACCGCUGUUGGUGAUACCACCCCCUUCCCCAUAACCAUAGGCGUGCAUCAGGGCUCCGUCUUAAGCCCCUAUCUCUUCAGUGUGAUAUUAGACGAACUGUCAGCCAGCGUACAGAAACUACCGCAGCCUUGGCUGCUUAUGUACGCUGAUGAUAUCGCACUGGUAGAUAGGGACAAAGGACGGCUCACCAGACGCGUGCACGCAUGGAGGGAGGCGCUUGAGAACGGCGGGCUGAAGCUAAACGUAGCGAAGACGGAGUAUAUGGCCUGCAACAGCACAGAUCUGACGUCUCUCCGUAUAGGCGACGACACCGUCGAGCGCACGGACAACUUCAGGUACCUCGGAUCUGUGCUUGAUGCGUCCGGUGACAUCGAUCGCGACAUCAAGGCCCGUAUAUCAGCGGCUUGGGCGAAAUGGCGCGAGGUGACGGGUGUCAUUUGUGACCCCAAAAUGCCGGUCAAGCUGAAGGGACAGGUCUAUAAGACCAUCAUAAGGCCUGUCCUUACGUACGGCAGUGAGGCGUGGCCGGUGCUGGAGCGACACCGGCGGUUGUUGCAUGUCACGGAGAUGAACAUGCUGCGGUGGAUGUGUGGCGUCACACGGAAAGACCGUGUACGGAAUACAUACAUCCGCGGCAGCCUCCAUGUCCGUGACAUUGCUGACAAGCUGCAGGAAAGUCGCCUCCGCUGGUACGGCCACGUCUUACGACGACCAGCAAGCUACGUGGGAAACAAAUGCCUGGACAUGACCUUACCUGGUGCCAGGAGUAGAGGACGGCCCAAGAAACGCUGGCUUGAUGUCGUGCAGGAUGACAUGCGCGCCAAUGGGCUAGUUGUGAGGGACGCCGAAGACCGGGCAAAGUGGAGGAGGAAGUGUCGGAAAGCGGACCCUGGGUUCUCCCGCGCUGGGCGGGAUGAGCAACCGGGAUAA